UUUCUUUCGUCCUCCUGCCUGCCGUACAACACGUGUGUCAUGAGCAAGCGUGCUCACCACACAAAGCCAUACAAAGCAGGCGCAGCGCUCAGACAUACUUGCUAAUGAGAUCUAAGAGCGGACAGACGGAGGUAGAGGGCGACUGUAGAUGAGUGUUAGGACGUGAAUAGGUUGAAGGGUAUAAGAAAAAGGAUCAGAAUUAGUGUAGGAGAUGAAACAAGAGCAAGAGAGGUUAGUAGGAGGGGAAUGAGGCAGGAGAAGAAAGGGAGGGAGGAAGAAAGAGUGCAGCUGGUAGGAUCUGAGUGGAGACUGAAGGCUGAUAUUAGAGACUGUUGCUUUCUCUGUGCUCCAAACCAGAUGCUGAGAACUCUGAAGCAGCCUCCAUCAGGAGAGAGAUCGACACAGACACACUGUGUAAAAAGAGAGAGAGAGAGGGGGGAAGUAGAUUAGGUUCUGUCCAUUGUUGUAUUUAGUUCUGCGUUUAAUUCUGUCUCUGAGGCAGUCAUUGUUCUAGUAUCUGAGGAGAGAAGCAGGCAAGGAACAUGGCCCUGAGUCAUGGAGUGUGACAUUGAUUUUUACAAACAUUUUGCAUGGCUUAAAAAGGUCAACCUGCGGGCACUCGGAAACAAUGAAAGCUAUCAAGAGCGGCUGUCUCGACUAGAGGGAGAUAAAGAAUCUCUAGUGCUGCAGGUGAGUGUGUUGACAGACCAGGUGGAGGCUCAGGGAGAGAAGAUCAGAGACUUGGAGAGUUCUUUGGAGGAGCUUCAGCACAAGCUCAACUCCACAGAAGAAAUGCUACAACAGGAGCUUCUGAGCAGAACGUCUCUUGAGUCCCAGAAACUGGAUCUAAUGGAUGAGGUUUCCUAUCUGAAACUGAAGCUGGUGGGCAUGGAAGAGAGGCAAAACCACAACGUGGAGAGACAACACAAAGCUGAGAGCGUAGUGAAUCUGAUUAGUGAGCUGCAGGAGCAGAUGUGUAGGAUUCAACAAGAGAUCUCUAGUAAGAUCCAGGAGAAAAAGGCCGCAGAGAGCCAAGAUGUGGACCCUGGGCAGGGUGGGGAAAGUAUCCCAGCUGAAUCUCCUCUGAAUGGGUCAGUGCAGGCUGAGGACAGGCCUGUUGUGGAGCAGAGCAAGCAAGAUUUAGGUGCUGAGGAGCUCUGUCGCUGUGGAAGAGAAAGUGGUUUGCUCCAGGAACUGAGAUUGCUCAAAAAUAAAGUUGACGAACUUGAGGAUGAGAAGUCCCAGUAUGAGAGGAAGCUCAAAGCUACAAAGGCAGAGAUCUCGAGCCUUCAGCAGCUGCUGCAGUGUAAGAAUGCUGAGAUUGAGAACCUUCAGGCCCAGCUGCUCUCCAAAGCGCCUGUGUCUGUGGACAGUGCAGAGAGAGAGGAGAUAUACAGGAGAAGGCUCAACACUAAACAUCAGGAGUUACAAAAGCUAAAAACAGGGAUGGAAUUAUUAAUCGCAGCCAAUGAUGAAAAGGAUCGGCGUAUAGAAGAACUCUCUCUCCUCCUGAGCCACUGCAGGCAGUUUAGAGAUGGCAUGACCUUGGUUCAGCCCUCAGCAACAGCAUCUCAACAAGGCAGCAGUGAGGAAGAGGAGCCGAGCGGAGGAGUGAGGACGAAGGCUCUGACUGUUAAGCCUCACUCUGAGCUGACAUCCAGUGCUUCCUCUCCACUUCUUGUGUCCACACUGUCCAGUCAGAAGGAGACAGAAUCCAGGCCACAUACAAAACCUCUCUCCUGCAGCAUGGAAGACUUGAAAGGUGGAGCAACACAAAAGACUCCUGUGGAAGUUGUUUCUUCAGAGGAGAAUCAGAACUCAGACCCCAAACAGCAGACUGGGAAAUCCUCUUUAACAGAGGCCGGGAAGAGUGAUAGCUCAGAAGCAAGGUCUCGAGACAGCAGUGAGGAUGGAGACCUCAACCUGCGAAAGACAGAGAGGAUGGAGGACACAAGCACAUCUGAUCUUUCGCCAGUGUCAUCUGGAGUGGAUUCUGGACAGCAGUCUCCUGUCUCACAGGAAAAUCUGAAGAACAACAAGAGCAUACGCAAGCUGUGGGGAAAGAUCAGGAGGACUCAGUCAGGGGGUCUGCAGGGAGAUGACCUAGAGCCCACUGAAUUCAGGAGGGGGGGCUUCAGAGCAACAGCUGGACCCAGACUGGCCCGGACGCCGGACUCGGGCCGCUCAGUCCGGGACAUGUCAGUGCCCUUCUCUAAGUGGACCACAGAGCAAGUAUGUGGUUGGCUGGAGGACUAUGGACUGGGUCAGUAUGUUAAUCUGGCCCGUCAGUGGGUGGUCAGCGGUCAGACUCUACUUUCUGCCACACCACAGGAAUUUGAGAAGGAGAUGGGGAUCAAACAUCCCCUCCACAGAAAGAAGCUGCAGCUGGCUCUCAGGUCAUUUAGCAACAAGGCAAUGGAGAAAUCCUCUGAGCUCGAUCACAUCUGGGUUACAAGGUGGUUGGAUGACAUUGGCUUACCUCAGUACAAAGACCAGUUCCAUGAGAGCAGAGUUGAUGGUAGAAUGCUUCAGUAUCUGACCGUGAAUGAUCUUCUGUUCCUGAAAGUCACAAGUCAGCUCCAUCAUCUCAGCAUCAAAUGUGCCAUCCAUGUGCUCCAUGCGAACAAGUUCAACCCCCACUGCUUGAGACGGCGACCAGGGGACGAGAAUAAAACGUCUCCCUCAGAGGUGGUGCAGUGGUCUAACCAUCGGGUAAUGGAAUGGCUGCGCUCUGUGGACCUGGCUGAGUAUGCCCCAAACCUCAGAGGCAGCGGGGUACAUGGAGGCCUCAUAAUCCUGGAGCCUCGUUUUAACUCUGAGACCUUGGCCAUGUUGCUGAAUAUCCCUCCUCAGAAGACUCUCCUCAGACGGCAUUUAGCCACAAACUUCAAUUCUCUGGUAGGGCCCCAGGCCCAGCAAGAGAAACGGGAGUAUGCCAAUGCUAGUGGCCACACGCCCCUCACCACCACUGCCAAAGUCCGGCCAAAGAAGCUUGGCUUCACAAACUUCAGUCACCUAAGGAAGAGAAGACCUGAUGAUUCAGCAGACUACAUCUGCCCAGUAGAUAUGGCUAUCUCACCUGUGUUAAACGGAAACCCUCACAGGUCCCAAGGAAGCUUUAGGGGUCUAAGCCCCAUCGUGGACAGAGACACGGAGAGACUGGAUCAGGUUGGGCCACAGAGCUGAUCCUCCCGCUAUGCGCUCUCAGCCAGUAACACUCCUAUUCAGCCAAUAAGUCUAUGCUUGCUCCUUCACCUACACUCAGAUGGACAGCUUCACAGAAACCCCAGCCCAUGCUGCUUGAUGGAUUAGGGAUACGAUUCUCAACUGAUUCAUCUGGACAUACUUUAGUUGAGAAUCAUAUGGACUUCUUACAAGUGAGAAAAUGUGUAAUUUGAAUUAUGUUAUUGUUAGCAUGCUGAAAACCUGAAAGCUGGUGUACAGAUUCAUUGACGAAGCAUCCAAAAUACUGACUCAGCAAUGCUAAAUGCUUUACAUGGUAAAUAGCAGCGAACAUACAAACUGUGCAAUUGUCUGUCUGUCUGUCUGCUCUCUCUCUCUCUUUCAGAGGUUAAUGGUCAGUAAGUGUAAUUUUCCAGCUUUAAAAAUGUGUUAAAACAUUAAAACAAUAAAUUAAAAUAUACUUUAACAAGAAGACAAAUAUUGCUGAGACUUGUUUAUCCAUUAUAGUGACCCUCAAACUGAGUACCUUAUUUUUGAGUCUGGUAAAAAAGAGAUUGCUACUUAUAUUCUUCAAGUUGUCGAUAAAUAAUGAAAAAAGAAAAUGGGGUGACCAGUUUUCAAACAAAACGUGUUUUUUCCUUCAAAAUAGCCUUGCUCUUUUGAUAGGAUAGCAAACAUCUCACUUAUCUUCUAAAUGAUAACUUGAACUCAGCUUUAAUUCAUGCAGUUUACCCCCUUCCAUAGAUUUGACAGCAUCACACGGCUUGAAUAUCAUCUGUUUAGUGACAGUUAUGGUAUUUUCUCAUACAUAUGAAUUUCUCUCUCUAAUAGUGUAGAGAAAAAAUCACUUAGAAUGGGUGGAUUGGGAGGGCUCGCGGAAUUGUCUGGUGUUUGUUGUGCAAUACUGCCAUCUUCUGGCUGGUGAAAAAACAGGUCAUUUUGAAAAUGUUGACACAAAAAUACAGUUAGUUGUGUAUGAACCCAUUCAGCUAUGGCAGCUUAGUUGAUUGUUAUUGUACCUAUUGUACUUCAGCCAGAGAGCAGGACCACCAAGAACUUCAUAACAACCAACUUGAUUCUGCAAAACCUGAACAGUUAGCACAUUUCAAUGACUAUAUGUAGUACAUAUGUAUGCUGUAUACAAAUAUCUUU